AUGGCAAUGGUCAGAUCCAAAGAAAAAAAUGAAUGGCAAGGGAACAGCCCAGGAAGAGGGGGUCACUUCAGUGACGGAUGCAUUGGUCGAUGUGACGAGAGCGAAAGAAUGAGUGAGGAGGAAGGAAGGGAAGGGAAGGGAAAGGAGAGGAGAGGAGAGGGAGAGGAGAGAGAAGAGGGGAAGCGAGAAGAAGUGCAAAAUGCCGGUGGAGCAGCGCAGCAGCAGCAAGGGGACCUCACUAACUGCAUUCAGGUCCAAUCCCCUGGAUGGGAUGAUAAACAGAGGCGUCCCCUGAACCCUCGAGGUCAUAUCUUAAAAAUUUCCGGAACCCCAGGGCGAACUCCCGCGCAGGACCAGGAACCAAUGAUCCCUGCCGAUGGUGGCACCGAGGUUCCCUCUGCAGCUCCCCCAGACUACCACUACUUAACUUACUUCCUUGGUUUUCCAGCUGGUCCUUCCCAUUGCCAGGGAAUGGCUUCUGGCUUCUCCAAGACCAAGCCUGUCACGCUGCCACGAGCUGGGGCUAAUGCUUCUGCCAGGCACAAAGAGCGGCAGAUGAGCGAACCGGCCAUUCGAUGGGUCGAACUCGGGGGAAAGAGGGGGCCAGGCCAGGGACUCCACCUCCGAACCCUGACCAGUCAGACAACGGCGGAUAUACUGGUCCGAGAAAGCAGAGGACGACUCCAAACCCCCAAUUUUGAGACGGAGAUCGCGUGGGUGGACAAAGGGGAAAAGAGGAACGAGCAGGACAAAGCGUGGCGUAUUCUUGCGCCAUGUUCCUUGACGGUUGACCCCGGAUGCUUGGCAGCAGAUAAGGAAGGGCUUGCGAUAUUUUUCUCCUUUUGCAUAAAUUGA